AAACAGGAAAAGGAAGCAGCGCAUGUUCUGCACAAGUUUGACCCUUGAGGAUGUAUGAUUUAACAUUACCACAAAUUAAUUCAUUUUAGUUGUUUAUAUGUUCCUCUGAUAGCAGCUGUAAUUCAGGUGUCCACUCCACUGCAGCAAAACCAUGAGACUCACAGCAUUUCUUUCAAUGGCUGCGAAAGCUGCUUUUCCCCAUGAUUAUCGUUGUGGAACAAACAGACCGUGGACUAUAGCAGCCCGCCGGCUCAACCCACCUGGCAAAAAAAGAAGAAAGGUUUUUGUUGAACCUAUUGCGAAUGAGGACUGGCACGUUCUGAGAGGAGACACAGUGGAGAUUCUUUCUGGUAAGGACAAAGGGAAGCAGGGCAAAGUAACUCAGGUGUUCCGACGCCGAAACUGGGUCAUACUCGAAGGCCUGAACACGCAUUACAGGUAUGUGGGCAGGUCUGGAGAUUACAAGGGUACUUACAUCGCCAGUGAAGCCCCUCUACUGCUAAAGGAUAUUACACUUAUCGACCCUACUGACAGGAAGCCCACAGAUAUUGAGUGGCGGUUCACAGAGGAGGGUGAAAAGGUGCGUGUUUCUGUCAGGACCGGACGUAUUAUUCCCAAACCAGUCUACCAGAGAAGAGAUGGCAUCAUUCCACAGCAGUGGAAAGAUGGACCCAAAGACACAUCACCAGAUGACACUCUUGAGAAAACAUACACGCCGUCUUUGAAAACCCUUGAGGAAGAAGUUAUGGAGAAAAUGAACAUUCAGGAACACAGGAGGCCUCGUAAAAGUUAUUGGUACUAGGGUACCACAUAGACUGUGUAUUAUGGUCUUCAAAAGCUCUUCAAUUUCAAAGAGUAUUUAUGAUGUUAAAGGAGCAAUGUGUGUGUUCUGCACCAUUUGUCAAUAAAACCAACCAAAUGUUGU